UGGCCCCGGAAACACCAACUCGCAGUCUCCACGGCUGAGGAGACGUGUAGGGGUUGGGUUCGGCCCUCGUGAACUCUCACACGGGACAACAUGGCGCCGUCCACGCCGCUGUUGACAGUCCGAGGAUCAGAAGGACUAUACAUGGUAAAUGGACCACCACAUUUUACAGAAAGCACAGUGUUUCCGAGGGAAUCUGGGAAAAAUUGCAAAGUCUAUACCUUUAGUAAGGAUGGGACCUUGUUUGCCUGGGGCAAUGGAGAAAAAGUAAAUAUUAUCAAUGUCACUAACAAGGGACUACUGCACUCCUUCGACCUCCCAAAGACAGUUUGCCUUGAAUUCUCACCAAAAAACACUGUCCUGGCAACGUGGCAACCUUAUACUACUUCUAAAGAUGGCACAGCUGGGACACCCAACCUACAACUUUAUGAUGUGAAAACUGGGACAUGUUUGAAAUCUUUCAUCCAGAAAAAAAUGCAAAAUUGGUGUCCAUCCUGGUCAGAAGAUGAAAAUCUUUGUGCUCGAAAUGUUAACAAUGAAGUUCACUUCUUUGAAAACAACAAUUUUAACACAAUUACAAAUAAGUUACAUUUGCAAAAAAUUAAUGAUUUUGUAUUAUCACCUGGACCCCAACCAUGCAAGGUGGCCGUCUAUGUUCCAGGAAGUAAAGGUGCACCUUCAUUUGUAAGAUUAUAUCAAUACCCCAACUUUGGUGGACCUCAUGCAGCUUUAGCCAAUAAAAGUUUCUUUAAGGCUGAUAAAGUUACAAUGCUGUGGAAUAAAAAAGCUACUGCUGUGUUGGUAAUAGCCAGUACAGAGGUUGACAAGACAGGAGCUUCCUACUACGGGGAACAAACACUGCACUACAUUGCAACGAAUGGAGAAAGUGCUGUAGUGCAAUUACCAAAAAAUGGCCCAAUUUAUGAUGUAGUUUGGAAUUCUAGUUCUACAGAGUUUUGUGCUGUUUAUGGUUUUAUGCCUGCCAAAGCAACAAUUUUCAACUUGAAAUGUGAUCCUGUAUUUGACUUUGGAACUGGUCCUCGUAAUGCAGCCUACUAUAACCCUCAUGGACAUAUAUUAGUAUUAGCUGGAUUUGGAAAUCUGAGAGGACAAAUGGAAGUGUGGGAUGUUAAAAACUACAAACUUAUUUCUAAACCAGUGGCUUCUGAUUCUACAUAUUUUGCUUGGUGCCCAGAUGGUGAGCAUAUUUUAACAGCCACGUGUGCUCCCAGGUUACGUGUUAAUAAUGGGUACAAGAUUUGGCAUUAUACUGGUUCUGUCUUGCACAAAUAUGAUGUGCCAUCAAAUGGAGAAUUAUGGCAGGUUUCUUGGCAACCAUUUUUGGAUGGAAUAUUUCCAGCAAAAACAAUAACUUACCAAGCAGUUCCAAGUGAAGUACCCACUGAGGUACCUAAAGUUGCAACAGCUUAUAGACCCCCAGCUUUAAGAAAUAAACCAAUCACCAAUUCCAAACUGCAUGAAGAGGAACCACCUCAGAAUAUGAAGCCACAACCAGGAAAUGAUAAGCCAUUAUCAAAAACAGCCCUUAAAAAUCAAAGGAAGCAUGAAGCUAAGAAAGCUGCAAAGCAGGAAGCAAGAAGUGACAAGAGUCCAGAUUUGGCAGCUACUCCUGCCCCACAGAGCACACCACGAAACACUAUCACUCAGUCAACUUCUGGAGACCCUGACAUAGACAAAAAAAUCAAGAACCUAAAGAAGAAACUGAAAGCAAUCGAACAACUGAAAGAACAAGCAGCAACUGGAAAACAGCUAGAAAAAAAUCAGUUGGAGAAAAUUCAAAAAGAGACAGCCCUUCUGCAGGAGCUGGAAGAUUUGGAAUUGGGUAUUUAAAGAUUCAAAGAAAGCAAGUUGGUGACCAGAAAUCAGUGCAAACAUAAUCUUCUGUUAAACCCAUUUGUGUACACAGGGUAUUCAUGUGCCCAUAUUUAAUGCUGAUCUAUAAUUUUAACCAUUCAUCCAAGAUUCUGCAUUAGUGUGAAGUUAUUUAAUAAUGUCUAUUAAAUUGAUGUUUACAUCCUGCAUCCUAUAUCAUGUCAAUAUAUGAUAUAGAAAAGAGAUACAUGAUGUUUUAGCUAAGCGUGACAGAUUGAAAUAUAAAUGUUAUUGUUUUUUAGUAGGGGACAGUAUUUACCAUAUAAAUAAAUAAAGACAUUAUAAAUUUAA